AUGAGCUGGGAAGAACUUAUUCCAAAAUGUAUCGACUUAUUGCAAACAUAUAACCCUGUCACCGAUUCUCCUGAUACUCACUUUCAAAGAGCAUCUGUAAAGAAUGAAGAUAAAAAUGAAACAGUUUUUCUGCAGCAAGUCUUCUAUGGCGUAAACCGUUAUCGAGAAUUCCUUAGGAGACUGAAUAGAGCAAUAUUCAAAGUCCAUGCCACUUCUACAAACAGCAAUGACUCAUACCCUUUUAUGAUCAUCAGCUAUUUAGCUUUAUUCAGAUUAGAUGAGCUUGGUAUCAAGAAUUUUAAGCGACUUGUAGAUACCCAGGAACAAUUAAAAAUGCAUGUUCUUUUAAGCUUUCUUUUUGAUGAAGAAUUGCUUAAUCCUCCCUCCUUGCCCAAAAAAACGUUUGAAAAAUCCCUUACUUAGGUAAAAGCUACCCUCAGUGAGCGAUCAAAUGUAUUUUUAAUAUAAGAAUUUUUCUUAAAAAAAUAUUUCGAUAUAUAAGUGAUAUUAUUAUAAUGAAAUCUCUAGCUAAUUCUGUUUAAUUUUAAACAGCUUGCAUUUUGAAGCAUAUAUUUUACAAAUUUAAUUAAUUUUUAUAUAUUCAACUUUGCGAAUUUUUAAAAAUAAAAAUUUACAAUUAAAAUUUUAUAUAUAAAAAAAAUUAACUCCCAUUGAGAGCGAACAAAAUUUUUUGAUCGCUCACAAAGGGUUAGAGAACAUGUAAGAGAGUCUUGGUGCGAAGUGUAUGAUUACAAGUUUAUAGACAAUGAAAUUAUCUCAAAGGCUACUAGUAGAAAAAUAGAGAUGAGAAAUCUUCUGGAAUCACUUUCACUUAGGGCUACUGGACAAAAAACUCAGCAAAGCGAAGGAGAAGAAGAGGAAGAUAAGGAAAAAACAAAAGAGAAGCACACCAUUAUGGUGAAGCCUUUUAAUCUGACAAAGCCAAAGCCAAGGCGCUUACCUGUCCCAGUUGAAAUUCCCAGGAAAAUUCAAGCUAACAAAGUUGACCAAAAAAUUUUUAACAAUAGCUUGGCAACUGUGGACGAACAAAAUAAAAAAAGAUUUGAAGAAGUUAAGAAGCAGACGGUUUCAAAAUAUGAUUUCCAAAACGAUCCAAUCAAAAGAUUGUGGGAAUCUUAG